AUGUAUCGCUUACUUGUGUUGUUUACCAUUUUGGCUUAUUGCUCGUCAGUUUCAUUUACUGGCCCGAACACACAAAGAUCGUUUAACGCCAUACGAAAAGAUGAUUCGGAGAUUGUCGAUAGUAGCGGUGGUGGUUAUUCAUACUUCCAUAAGCAAUCUAUUGGCACUCGACCAGGCAUGAGAUCAUCCGUUCUAGCCACCGACCAAGAUCGAGAUGUAUCCGAAUACCGACACUCGAGCGCUUUAGUUUUACCAAAUAGCAAUGAACAGAAAGUUUUUAACAAAGGCUUUGGUCAGCAAAAACUUCUUCCACGAACUGAUUUCGAAAGUCAACCGCUUAUUCCGAGAACUGUUCAAAUGCAACAACCGACUUCAUUCCAACGUGACCAAUCAUUCCUUCGUCGAGAUUUCCAAGACCAGCAAUCGAACCUUUUUACCCAAAAAGGCCUCAGCAGCUACAAUCGUGAUUUACAACCAAUCACCUCACAACAAAUUCUCGUUCGUCCAACUACAUUGAAUGUCGGACAAAACACCCUCAAUGCACAAAGAAAUCAACAACAACUCCAACAAAUUCCUCAACAACCAACAUGGAGUCAACAACAAUUUACCGGCGCUUCUUCGUCAUUCAACAGCCAACCAUUUCAGAGACCUGUCGUCAAACCAGCAGUAAAUACUGGAUUCAUUUCGGCCCAAUCUCCCAUCCGCCGUGUCAUCGCACAAUCAGACUCCGCACCGAGAGUAGACAACAACGGUUGGUAA